AUGCCUCCAUCACAAACAGAAGUAGUCACCGACACAACCUCCAAAGAGUACAAGAUGGGCACAAGAGGCUCCCACAACAUCGCCAAAGGAUUGCCUCAUCCAUACCCAGUGCCUACAUUUGCCAGGAAAGAAGAUGAGAGAAAAUGGGCAAAACAGCACAUGGCAGCAGCCUUCCGUGUGUUUGCCCGGAAGGGUUUCACCGAGGGAACGGCUGGUCAUAUUUCCUUGAGAGACCCUGUGGACCCCACGACGUUCUGGUUGAACCCAUUAGCUAAGCACUUUGCCUUGAUCAAGGCUUCUGACUUGGUCCAUGUUGAUGAAGAAGGUAACGUGUUGCCAGACGGGCCACAGAGUGCCGUCAAUGCUGCAGGUUUUGCGAUUCAUGCUGCCGUUCACAAGUAUAGGCCUGACGUGAAUGCAGCAUGCCACACUCACUCUGUGUAUGGAAAGACGUACAGUGCCUUGGGCAGGCCCUUGGACAUGAUCAACCAGGACGUUUGUAUGUUCUACAAGAGUCACGGGGUGUAUACUGACUUUGGGGGUGUUGCUCUUGAGGAGCAAGAAGGUAAAGAUAUCGCCGAUGCCUUGGGUGACGGUAAGGGAAUCAUUUUGCAGAACCACGGACUUCUCACUGUUGGCCAGACAGUGGAUGAGGCCGCUUACUUGUUUUGUCUCAUGGAGAGAAGUUGCCAGUGCCAGCUUAUGGCCGAGGCGGCAUUGAGACCUGGCGAGAAGUUGAAGGUCAUUGGCGACAAAGUGGCCGCCUACACCGAGCAUAUGACCGCUGACCCUGAGACGCUUUAUACGGAAUUCCAGCCCGAUUUUGAGAUGGAGCUCAAGUACGAUGGCGACUUUAUGAGCUAA